AAAAAAGAAAGACAAGAGGGAAAGAAGAAGAAAUUUGAGUGGGUGAGAUUAUUUGCGAUAGAGGAAGAGACGUCGGCUUGUGUAUGUAUAUAUUUACAGUAAGCGUUGCAAGAUAAACUUCUGGAGAAUUUCAGACAUUAAUGGGUCAAAACCUUUUUCUUGUCUUUUGAUUAAUUUAAUUGUUUGAAACUCUCCUCCUCCUCCGCCUUCUUCUUCUCCUUCUCACGGUGUAUUUAUCUAGAGAGAGAAGAUAGAGAGAGAGAAAAAGGAAAGCAUUACUAUUUACUUGGAUUUGAUUCUUCUAAGUGAAGAAACAGAGUAAAAAGUUGAGAUUUUUACAUCCGUCUCUGAAGAACUUGAGUAUGUCUUCUGUAGCAGUGUUAUGGGUUGCUGCCUCCUCUCUAAAUCCAGACCCAAUGAACAAUUGUGGGUUGGUAAGGGUUCUAGAAUCUUCUAGACUGCUCUCUCGUUGUCAGAAUCAGAGAGUAAACAAUGGUAGGAGGAAGCAAACAACAACUUGGACUUCUUCUUCUGUAAGGAGCUGCAGAAGAAGAAGAAGGGGUGUUGUGUCUUCAAGCAUGGUAGCAAGUCCUACAGGAGAGAUAGCCCUCUCAUCUGAAGAGAAGGUUUACAAUGUUGUGUUGAGACAAGCAGCUUUGGGGAACAAACAGCUUAGGUCUACUUCUCCUGAUCUUGACGUGAAGAAACCACAAGAUAUUGUUCUGCCAGGGAGUUUGAGUUUGUUGGGUGAGGCUUAUGAUCGAUGCGGCGAAGUUUGCGCUGAAUAUGCUAAAACUUUUUAUCUCGGAACUUUGCUUAUGACACCGGAAAGGCGAAAAGCGAUUUGGGCUAUCUACGUUUGGUGUAGAAGAACUGAUGAACUCGUAGAUGGGCCUAAUGCUUCACAUAUAACUCCAAUGGCGUUGGAUAGAUGGGAAGCAAGGUUAGAAGAUCUUUUCCGUGGCCGUCCUUUCGACAUGCUUGAUGCUGCUCUCGCUGAUACUGUUGCUAGAUACCCGGUCGACAUUCAGCCAUUUAGAGACAUGAUCGAAGGAAUGAGAAUGGACUUGAGGAAAUCGAGAUACAAGAGCUUUGAUGAUCUCUACCUUUACUGCUACUAUGUCGCUGGAACCGUCGGUUUGAUGAGCGUUCCGGUUAUGGGCAUCGAUCCUAAGUCCAAGGCAACGACCGAGAGUGUUUACAACGCUGCCUUGGCCCUCGGUAUAGCCAAUCAGCUUACCAACAUUCUCAGAGACGUUGGCGAAGAUGCGAGGAGAGGAAGGGUUUAUCUGCCCCAAGACGAGUUAGCUCAGGCUGGUCUCUCAGAUGAGGACAUUUUCGCUGGAAAAGUGACUGACAAAUGGAGAAACUUCAUGAGAAUGCAGCUUAAACGAGCAAGAAUGUUCUUUGACGAAGCUGAGAAAGGCGUCACUGAGCUCGACGCUGCUAGCAGAUGGCCGGUAUGGGCAUCGCUGCUAUUAUACAGGAGAAUAUUGGACGAGAUUGAAGCGAAUGAUUACAACAAUUUCACGAAGAGAGCUUACGUGGGGAAAGCCAAGAAAAUUGCAGCUUUGCCAUUGGCUUAUGCAAAAUCAGUACUAAAGACUUCGAGUUCAAGAUUAUCUUCUUCUUAGUCGACAUGAAUGAGAUGCAAAAGGAACAAACCAAAGAGAGGGCUUUUGUGAUUAAAGAAAAAACUUAGGGUCGAAUUUAUGAUGUUAACUAAUAUCUACAUACAUAUAUAAAUGGGCAAAAAAAAUCUUAUGAUGUUCAUUUAUUUUUCUCUAUGUAAAAAGUAAUUAUUUUUUAAUUUUAUUUCUCUUGGCUUCUGAAGAAAUAGGAAUAUUUUGUUGGAAA